UGAUCAUUUGCGGUUUGCUUGUAUGCUCUAGAUUGAUGUUUUUUGUUUGAAUAAUUUGUAUGAGAAAAUUGAUGUAACUUUUAUUUUGAAAGAAACUUGUUAUUGUAAAUUUUUUACCACAAAAACCCACGGGUACCCAUGAACUCGCGGAUACCCAACGGGUUGGGUUGGGUUUGAGUUUUUCAAACCUAGCGGGUUUUACCCCGGGUUUUUGUGGCAGAUAAACCCAUGGGUUUGGGUUUGACAAAACCCGCCCCAACCCGCCCUAUUGCCAUCCCUAUUUGGAAGCGUUGAGACCAAAAAGUUCUUUUGUUCCAUCAUUAAAUUGCUCAGCCUAGGCAUUGGAGCCAUGAGAUAAACCUAAAAAAAUUCAAUGUAAUAGAAGUUGAUUUGUAUGUACUUCAGAAAUGUAUCAAAUAAACUCAUCCAUUAGGAAGGAGGACCCUCUCUUUCUGUCAUAUUAACCAAGAUUCAUGUCUUACUCAGAGAUGCUAGCCAAGAAAAUGCAGAUUUAACAUGGAACUUGGGUAUCAUCCUCAAAAACCAGAAAAGAACAAUACUUCCUCUCCAAUGGAGGAAUCUCAAAACAUUGAUAAUUAGUUAAUUAACUGUAUGUUUUCCCACAAUAAUCGCCCUUCCUAUUAAUAAACUGCGUCUCAAAUACAUAUACAUGGUUAAUUCUCUCCUAUUUACAACCCUCCCAUUAUUCUACUCCUUCGGCUGAUAGGAGGGCUCGAUAGAUGAAGAAGAUCAGAAGCAGAAACAGGAACACAAAUCCAGCAGAUAAAAUUUUGCUCUGGCAGGCGGGAUUGGCAUCCCCAGCUUCGGGAAAGCGCCGACUACAUAUGUGCUCUAGACGGGCUGCUACAACAUCUUCCUUUGUGAAAUACAAGGAGUACAGGUGAGAAUGCAGGUAUUCCACUAUCAUAUACUCCUCCUGUUUUCGUGCCAGUACACAACAAUGUAUACACUGAGGAUCAAGUUCGAGUACAGGAGAAGUUGACGUUUCACGGUCUUUGUUGGGCUUUCAAACCAUGCAUUGACGGGUUUGCGUUCUGCAUACCGGUUAUUCAGGUAUUUUAAUACAUUUUUACUAUUUGAAAUGUUUCUAUUCUUGCAGACCAAGUAAAUUUCAUACUAAUGACUUCCUAAUAUUUAAUUAGGUUGAUGGAAGGUCAAGAGUUGGCCAUGUGGACGUUCCAUAUGGACAACGGGGCCAGAUGGGGCAUUGCAACUACCAACCACGGAGAAGUAUAAAUAAUGUGUACAAGGGCCUUCGAGCGAUGCCUAUUUCUGUCAUAGUGGAGAUGUCAUACUGGAAGGUCAACGAGUGGCAGGUGGCUCGGCUGCAGCUAGCGAUAUGGAGGGAGAUAUCUGGUCAUCCGAUAGCACAUGACGUUUUUGAGCAAAUGCAGAAGAACAAAGAAAAUCAAGUAAGCAUAAAGUUGUUCUUUUCGAUCGCAGUGAAGGGAUAUUUGCAGUGGAAACAGGUGUAUGGGGUGGAGGUAGACGUGGCCACAAUCGUCAGACGGUUACUCUGCACUAUGAAUCAGGGGAGUGUACAUGUCAAAAAUAUCAAAACGAGAGGAUACCCUGUUCACAUGCAAUGGCAGUAGCUAAGUCAUUAAGCAUGAACAGAAACACUCUGGUGAGUCCUUACUACACUGAACAAGCGAUACGAAACUCAUAUGAUGCAACUUUGAGUCCCAUGCCAGAUGAAGCGUAUUGGCCUAUAUACGUUGGGAAGUUGAUUAUCCCACCGUUGCACCUAAAACGCACCAAGGGUCGUCCUAGGAUUGAAAGGAUUCACGGAAAGAUAAUUAAUAUAUUAAUAAUAAUUAACUAUAUAUUAAAAUAUUAAACAAAUGCCCUAAAAAGAUAUCUUUAACUCAAUAUUUCAAUUAACCAAUCAAUAUAUAUCAAUCAAUAUUAUAUAUAUUGAUUGAUAUAAAAAAGACUUCUUUGGCCGGCACCAGGUGCAUUUCCCCAAGGGUGACCUAAAGUUCCACCGCCAAAUUGUAAUACGGAAUCAUCUCCAAAGAUCUCUGUCAGAGCAGGCAUAUGCCAAACGAUCAAGUUUGAUGGAUUCGCCCUCUGAAACAAGAAGUUCUGGUCCUGGAGGUAUAAUAUUAAUUACUUGACGUCCCUCUGGCGCAUCGCCGGGAAUCUCCGGAUCUACGCUUAUUUUCAACUCCCCGAAGCAUUUCGUCGCUUACUACGCCCUUCCUCGUCUCUGGGUGCCUAGGGAUCCACCGUAAGCCUUUCCUCGUUUGAACCUCGCCCUUAACUUCUUUACUUUACUUUAAGGCAUAAUCAUUAACUAUUUCUUUCUUUUGGUACGAGGAACUUAUCAUGAAUCCAUUGAUUUCUGCCGCUUCCGUUAUUGCUGCUGGCUUGGCUGUUUAUGAAUGUCUCCGUGGUGGACUUGAUUUUACCAAAGAUGAUGAAAACGUGAACUCCCAACCAUUUAUGCGUUGGAGAGACCGUUUCUUAUUUUGUGCCGAGCCAAGAGACCUCACAAACCGCAUUGCAUCUCCUUACUGAGGCAGUAGAAUCUUUGUCAGUAUGGUACGUCCCUCCUGUUCCACUGGACUUCUCGGCUGACGUGACUAUGAAUGGAUUGAUGAUUCAUCAACGGGCACAGGCCAAUUCAAAGCGUCGAAAAUCGAUUUUACGGUAUAGACGCUUAUGACCUCCCCCUCUAUGCCUUGCGGUAAUGAUUCCUCUGGCACCAAGAGCACCCCCUCGAGUAAAAGCUUCCACAGCCGGUUGGCCAAAAUGGGCUUCUUUAUGUUCUAACAUUCUUGCCAAUACAUUAUCCUCAUUCUGCUCCGGAUUGUAAUCUCUAAUAAAAAAUAUAGCUCCGUGAGCAAAAGCUCCUGUCAUGAUGAAUCCUGCGAUAUAUUGGUGAUGAGUAUAUAACGCAGCUUGAGUAGUAAAGUCUUGCGCUAUGAACGCAUAAGCAGGUAACGAGUACAUGUGUUGGGCUACUAAGGAAGUAAUAACCCCUAAAGAAAUACCAAGUUCACGUUUUAUCGGUCUUUUUUAUUGAAAAUAACAGUGAGCGCUAAUAUAAGUCCGGAAAGAGGAAUGAAAAAGCAGGAGGUUAUGCAAUACUCGACCGAUUUUUUUCGAGAUUUGCGAUUUUUUUUUAUUUUUUUUUUAUUUUCUUUAGUUGAUUUCUGGUUGUGUUUAUUUUAGCAGUCAAAUCUUUCAUUUUUUCAUAUUAAAAAUGAAAAACCCCUUUUCUCUUUUUAGUUAACUAUCAAUAAAGUCCUUUUGGAUCAAAUACAAGAAUGCGGGCAUCAUGGAUAUUAAUUAUUACAAUUUUUUUAUUAUUUUUUCGUUGGAAUUCUGUUUACUCACUUUAAAUUGAGUAUCCGUUUCCCUCCUUUUCCUGCUAGGAUUGGAAAUCCUGUAUUUUACAUAUCCAUACGAUUGAGUCCUUGGGUUUCGGAAAUAGUGUGAGAUGAAUCAAGUGGAGUGCACGAA